GACCAAUAGCAGAGCGCUACCGGCGUAGGCAACUCCGCAUGGCAGCAAGAACGAGCGAACAAGAAGCAACAUCCGAAGUAGGUUAGUCUUGUGCAACAAACUAGUUUGGUGCCUGUGAAGACUGCUGUUGCCGUGUGUGUAAAAAAGUAUAACUCGCCGCGUCACAUUGGGAGGAGAUAGUGAUGAUUCACCGGCAGCUCUGGGGUUUAUAAACGCAACAGGGUGCAGUCAGUGCAGUUCUGCCGUUAACCCACACAAAGACAACGAGUCAGCCUAUUCUGAGACCUUUGUUUAUAGGCAGCACAUCCAAGUCCCUGAUGGGAUGUCCGCAGUCACACUGGAGAGAGAUAACAGGAAGAUAUUUUUUCUUUAUUUCUAAAUAAUUGUCCCUAGCCAAACAACCCUACAACCCUGUUGUAAUUUCAUCAUAAAAGCCUUGCUCACAGGACACAGGCUAAAUCUAGGUCUAAUACCUAUUUUUACAAACCAAAACUAAAGUAAAUAAUCAGAUUUGUGGUUGUGGUGUAUGUUGGGGCCUUUCCCCAGCUGUCAAUGGGAAUGUACUUAAAAAAAUACCUGACUGAGGGCCUUAUUCAGGUGGCCAUCCUGCUUAGCUUAUGUGGGAUGCGUGUGGAUGUGGAUCCAUACCUGCCCCCUCUGCGGGAGAUCAUCCUUGGGCAGAGCUCUGCCCUGACGCAGACGCAGUUCCACAACCUCCGCAACUCUCUGGAGGGCCAGGACCUCCACCCCAAGAGUGUGGACCUCGAUGGCUUCUUCACUGCCCGCAGGCUUCUCGGCUGGGUGCGCUCCCUGGAUCGCCUGCAGCUGCCCACCACAGAGCUGGAGGCCUGGCUGGUUCACCGGGAGCCUGAGUCUCUGGCACCUGUGUCUGGGCAGGCUGGACAGCUGGAGGGCACCACCGGGUUGGACGGCUCUGGAGAUCUGCCAGACCUGGGCCUGAGAAUAGGAGGAAGUGGAGGUGGUGGAGGAGGUGGUGGUGGAGGAGGAAUUGGAGAGCUGGGUUAUGGACAAAUUGCUGUCGACAACGACACCGCCCCAGGCGCUGUAGCUCCACUCCCGAGAAGUGGACAACAGGACGGCAGUGACUUCAUCAAAGAGGAGGGUGAUAUUUUGAACUUCCUGUGGCCUCAGGAAGCAGAUCCAGGUCCGCAAUCUGACAGCCCUGGUUACGGACACCACCGGCCACCGUCAGAACCUCUUCUGAGUUCUUUUGAUGAGGAGGACGAGGAUGAGUUCCGUGCUGACAUUUGGACAACUGGAGGGCAGCAUCACACUUAUGGGGACCUUCCGUUUGGGGCAAAUGUACAAGAGUUGAUGGGCCCAGAAGUGGACACUUCACUGUCCCUACAGGAGUGCUUACAGCUACUGGAGGACACCUCUACUUUAGGGCAAGAGGCAGAGCUGCCUGACCCAGAGCUGAUGGGACUGGAUGAAAAUGUCUCAUUCUCUGCCCAGAGGCCCCUCCUGUCUCCCCUCAUCCCAGGGGACUCAUCAAUGGAACUGGAGCAGCAGUGGCACGAUCUUCUGGCCAUCAUGGAACCCCAGGAUAUGGAGUUGGAUGAGCCGCCGCUGAAUUCUCCGGCCAGUAAUGACGUUCAUGCAUCAGCCACUGGGUCAUUGGAUACGUUGCUUCAUCAAGAUGUAAGCCUGCACCAAGCCUCUGUGCCCAGAGUGCUCGAGGAUGCCAUGGCGGGAUUGUCCCAUUUGGAUGCUGCCCAGACACCUUCAACACAACACCACUACUCGAGCAACUCUUCCAACAGCACCUUUGGUUUUGGGCCUCCUCAAAUAGCAGAUCUCUUGUUGCCCCCUGUGCUGAAUGGCACUGCCAGGAACGAUUCCGAUUUGGUCGAUCCUGCUCUGCUGAUGAACCUUCUAGAGGAGCCAGCUUUGGCCAGUCCUCUCAGACCCCUGCUAGAGGAGUCCCUGUUGGACGAGAUUAGUUUAAUGGACCUGGCCCUGGAGGAAGGCUUCAACCCCUCUCAGAUGAGCCAGCUGGCCGAGCACCUCGAGGACUCCGACUCAGGGCUCUCCCUAAAUUUCAGCCACAGCCCUGCCUCCCCGAGUGGAUCCGAGGCUUCCUGUUCUUCCUCGUCUUCAGACUCCUCUUCUUCCUCCUCGCUGUCAUCUGCAGGGUCCUUUUCCGAAGAGGGGGCUGUUGGGUAUGAUCCCGGGUAUGAGGGCAUGGAAGACUCUGAGGAGGGCGCAUUUGAAGGACACACAACAGAGACCAGCAAAGUGUGUCGGGCAAGCUACAUAGAGCCUAGCCGCUUUGAACACCUCCCGUGGCUAGACAACGUCAGCCACGAUCACACUUACAACCAGCCGCUGUCCUCGCGGCGAAAUGCAGAAAAAUCCCAAAAAGGCUGUUUUGAGGAGCCACACGAAUUUAUGGUCCAGGAUAAGUCUACGAGUCGUGACGAGCGCAGAGCCCGUUCGAUGAGGAUCCCCUUCUCAACCAAUCAUAUUAUCAACCUCCCUGUAGAAGAGUUCAACCAGCUCCUCGCCAGGCACAAGCUGAGUGAGGCCCAGCUCACACUGGUCCGAGACAUCCGUCGGAGAGGCAAAAACAAGAUGGCGGCACAGAACUGCCGCAGGAGAAAGCUGGACGUCGUCGUUGGACUGGAGCACAGCGUUGAGGGCCUUCGGCGUCAUCGGGCCCGCUUGCUCCGAGAAAAAGCUGAGAUUAACCGUUCGGUCCAGGAGAUGAAGCAGCGCCUCAGCAGUCUCUAUCAGGAGGUUUUCUCCAGACUGAGGGAUGAAGAAGACAGGCCUUACUCCAGGCAGGAAUAUUCGCUUCAGUUCAACACAGACGGCCGUGUCGUUCUGUCCCCCAACACCACGAGAUCACAGUCAAGAUGCAAGCCCGGCAAGAAACAGAAGGACAAGAGGAAGUGAGUGGCUGAAGUGAAAUCGAUGUAAAAAGAUUGUUCUCAGGACUCAGGUACUGGAGCGAGAAAUUCCUCCUACAUCUCCGUGGAGGUGGUUCUUCCCAUUGAAAACUGUUCUUAGAGAUGAAGGUCAGAAAAUUACAUUGUAAGUAACAGACUGCAUUCAUUUGAACAGGAUGGGAACAAUAGGACAAAUGAGAGUGCAGAACUCGGAUGUCAAUCAUCAUAAUCAUUAGAGCAAAGCUGCUGACAAAAAACCCCCUGAAACACUGCAGAAAUAGGACAGUGGCACACAUGGGUGUGCUUUCAAACAAACAACACAGACCUCUGAGUGAAAGAAAACAUUGUUAUGUCUAUGCUGACCGGACACCAAAGACAGUUGAAUUGAGAACUAUCAGAAAAAAAUAUAUACUUUGCAAUGAGAUCACCGCAGUGGGCAUUCAGGAGUGGUGAAAUCCACCAAAAUUAUCUCCAUACUACCCAAUGAAAUACUUGACAUGUUUUGUUGCUUGUGUGUUCACUUUUAUAACAAACUCACAACGGUGAAAGUUAGGAGGCUGUUUGAAACCCUUUUAAGAUGAGCAUUUAAAUGCAGUGUCAAUGAGUAGUAGCCUGUCUUGCAGUCUAGUGAUAAGUGUGCCUUAUUCAGAAAGACUUGAUUUCCACUGAGUGUGACAACCAAGUGUAUAGAUUUUUUUUUUUCCUCAAUGUCUUCAACUUUAUUUUGUGUGCCCACCUCCCCCUUCCCCUCCUGUGUAUCUACUGAGACAUUAAUAGUCACUUCGGCUUCAUGGUUUGGGUAAAUCGUGUCAUGGGGGAAAUCCCUGUGGUCUGUGAUUGAAAACACCAAGCUGAAGAGAGUAAGCAAGCACUUCUUAUUUAUUGAUUGGAUAUUUAAUUUUAAGUGCAGCAGCUUGAUUUUGCCAUCAGAAAGAGAGAGAGGUGGGGGGGUGGGUGUAGUCUUUUGAGACCUACAAUAAUUACACGGUUCUAAAGGUAUGGUAAAAAGCACAAUAUUGCAAAGUAUCCAUGUGCAUUGCGUGCCUCAUUACAUCUUUCUUGCAGACCGUUUCAUUGCAUUAGGUGACAUUUGCCCACACAUGAAAAUAAUAUAUAUUUCUGUGUGUGUGUGUGUGUGUGUGUGUGUGUGUGUGUGUGUGUGUGUGUGUGUGUGUGUGUGUGUGUGUGUGUGUGUGUGUGUGUGUGUGUGUGUGUGUGUAUGUGUGUAUAUAUAUAUACAUACACACACACACACACACACACACCCAGUAUUAUUUGACCAAUAUUUCAGUGCUCUCUACCUUUCAGCAGGAUGGGAUAAGGUCAGACAGCAGAAACUAUAGACCUAUAGGGUGGUGCAAAUGAUGGAUGUUCUUCAUAGGAAAAGCAUUUUUUGUCUGGAAAACGGACCUGUGUGCUUAUCUAAAAGUAAUGGUUCUGAACAUACAUGUAUGCGGCCUUAUAAUUCAAAAGCUAAAAUACAAGAUAAGUAGUUCUACAAGGAGUAAUACUAGUGCCCAACAGCUCAAAGUUAAUUUAGACUUUAAUGUCAAAACAAAACAAUAGAACAAAAACACUGACAUGGCAAAUAUUGUGUAGUAUGUGAGUCGUUCAAUUGUGUUGCAAUAGCCUACAUGUCUUUUACAAUUUCUCUACUCCUACAUUGGCUCUUUGUCUGUAUACAUGGCAGCUCUCAGGAAAAACUUUCAUCAGCCAUGUUUUUUAUGUAUAUAUUUUCUGUGCAGUAUCAGCAUUUUCUAAUGUGUGAAUUGCAUACACUUUUUGUAAAUGUUUUGGUAUUUUUUGGGUUAAUAAAUUAUAUUUGUUUGUA